AUGACUCGCUUUCUCUCCUUAGCCUUGACUGCGGUCUCCCUACUACCUACCACAUUUGCUCUCCCCUCCAUUGAUGUUAAUGUUCUUUACAACUUCGGCGAUGGCACCUGGGCAGAGAACCUCGCGGUGCGUGCCAAUGGCCAAAUUCUUGUCUCCCGCCUGGAUACCCCUGAAGUUCUCCAGCUUGAUCCAACGGGUGCUAGUGAGCCUAUUGUAGUUACCUCCUGGAACUCGACGACCUACAAGGGUUGUCUCGGCAUAUCCGAGACGAGUCAAGAUGUGUUCUACGUGGUAACCUCCGGCUUCUUCGACCAUAAUUUUGUGCUCACGUCGGGAGUCAAUAGCAUCUGGGAAAUCGACAUGAGAAAUUUCACCGUCUCUAAGAAGACAGGUGAGGUGAAAUCCAAGGCAAUUGUCUCCAAGCUAGUCGAUAUUCCCACUUCGGAUUAUCUGAAUGGCGCUACCACCCUAUCUGAAACCUCAAUUCUUGUUGCCGAUGUUUACAAUGGCUGGGUUUAUCAUGUUGACACACGAACGGGAGCUUACGAUAUUGCCAUCAACGAGGAGAAGAUGAAGUUUGAUGCUGUCCCAAAUCCAGCCUCCAAUCUUGGAGUCAAUGGCAUCAAGAUCAGAGAUGGAUAUCUUUACUGGACUAAUACUGCUGUCGGCACCUUAAACCGUAUUCGCAUCACGAAUAAAGGCACCGCAGUGGGUAAAUCUGAAGUUGUCAUCAAUGUGCCCAGGCCCGAUGAUUUCAUAUUUAAGAAGAAUGGCCUUGCCUUCAUCGCACAGAACCAGAUGGACGAACUCAGCGUCCUCUACCCCAAGUCGUCUGUUGCCCAGGUUGUCGCCGGUAGCAACACAUCGACCAUUCUGGCGGGUGUGACAGCUGGUGCUUUUGGUCGGCUGCAACAUGACAAUAAUAUUCUUUACUUGACCACCAGCGGAGCUGAGGCCUUGCCUAUCAAUGGCUCAGUGACAGUUCCUGCAACUCUUUCUUGGAUUGAUACUACGAAGUUUUGA